AUGAGCAGCGUCGUCCCCGUUUCCUUUGGCAACGCCUCUCUUCCGUUCAGUCCUGCGGAGACGGUAGGGUCACAAACGUCCUCGAAGACAGGCAGUCUCACCGAUGAAAAGUUGGGAAACCCGUGGGAUGGUUACGAGGACGAGGAAAUGCCUGAAAAGGUCCAACCGCGACUGGUACGAAACAUGCGGCUCCAGGCUUUUUCGAUCUACCGUCGUCUUUUCUCAGCGGUGUUCAUUACGAACAUGGGCAUCUUCAUCUCGUACGCCAUCAAAGGGUAUCAUUCCCAGAAAAUUGCGUUGGUCACGGUUGCGAGUAUCUUUAUUGCUAUUCUCAUGAGGCAGGAACUUGUGAUCAACACCCUGUUCCUGACCUUUUGUUCGGUCCCGAAGUCCUGGCCAUUCUCCAUCCGCAAAACGGCUGCGAGGGUGUAUCACCUGGGAGGCAUACAUUCUGGCGCUGCAUCCCCGGCGGUAGUUUGGCUCAUUCUCCUCGCUGUGCAAGCUACUCGAGAGCGCGUUAACAACAAAGGGACGUCGACGGCAACCGUAGCGUUCACCUACAUCAUCCUGUUCUUCUUGGUUGGCAUUGUUCUUUUUGCAUACCCGACACUCCGAAUCAAGCACCAUGAUGCAUUUGAACGUGUACAUCGUUUCUUGGGCUGGACGGCGACUGCAUUCGUUUGGGCACAGGUCGUCUUGUUAACGAACGAUUAUAAGGGCGACAAGUCCUUAGGUUCUGCCCUCGUGCACUCGGCUGCCUUUUGGUUAAUGAUCAUCCUGAGCUCGUCCCUGGUCCUUCCCUGGACACAUCUCCGGGAUGUCCCGGUUAACAGCGUCGUGCUUUCGAACCACGCCGUCCAGCUCUUUGGCCACACCCCGUUCCUGGGUCUUUCCAACGGAAAGCCGGGUUUCUCUAUCAUUAUUUCCCAGGCUGGUGAUUGGACGACAGAGAUGAUCACCAAUCUACCCAAGGAGAUAUAUGUGCGUGGUAUACCGACCUGUGGUGCUCUUCGCAUCAUUCCUCUUUUCCGACGGGUUCUAUUCGUUGCGACUGGAAGCGGUAUCGCGCCCUUCAUGCCGCACAUUAUGAGUGGAAAAGUUGACCAUAAACUCUUUUGGAUGGCUCCCAAUACUCGCGCGACAUUUGGCGAUCCGCUGGUUAACUCACUUUUGGAGAACAGUCCCGAGGCUGUUGUUUACGACACUCGCAAACACGGUAAACCUGAUAUCAUCAAGAUCACGAAUCGCUUCAUAGACGAGUUCCAGCCCGAGUGUGUCUGUGUGAUUUCGAAUCAGAAGUUGACGGAGAAAGUCAUAUAUGGUCUUCGAAGCAGGGGUAUUCUUGCCUUCGGUGCCAUCUUUGACUCUUGA